AUGGCUCGUACGGCAUCCACCACAACAACCACGGCAACGCGACGCAGUACGCGCAAUCUGAAGCGCGAAAAGCCAGACCUUGCAGCAGUCGCUUCUCCUCCUCCAGCCAAGAAGAUCAAAGCCGAGCCUGUGACGCCGUCCAAGCCCAAGUUCUCGGCAGCAGCUUCCAUUGUCAAAGAAGAACCUACCACGCCGUCCCCAGCAAAGAAACCCAUCAAGAAGACGGCGCAAACACCCGAGGACAAGGCUGCCGUCCUCCAGUCCAAGAAGCUGUCUUCCUACGCGGCCUACUCCUCCAAAACAUCGCCGUACCCCGACUUCGCCCAUCCCACACCCGACGAAUGCAGGACCGCGCAUAAGAUCCUCGCGCAGCUCCAUGGCGACCGCCACCGUCCAACGACAGUGAUCGCGCCCAAGGACUCUGCCGGCUGCGGAAACUCGCCCACUGUCCUCGACGCCCUCGUCAGAACCAUCUUGAGCCAAAACACCUCGGACAAGAACUCGUCCCGCGCGAAACGGUCCAUGGACCAGGUAUACGGCGGCUCCGACAAGUGGGAGGCCAUUGUAGAGGGCGGCCAGUCAAAACUGCAAAAGUCAAUCGAGUCGGGCGGCCUUUCCGUUGUCAAGUCAAAGGUUAUCAUCUCGCUGCUGGAGCAGGUGCACGCGCAACACGGGCUGUACUCGCUGGACCACUUGUUUGACGAAGAGGACGAUGAGGAAUGCAUGCGACAGAUGCUGUCGUACAAGGGCAUUGGCCCCAAGACGGCAUCCUGUGUGCUGCUGUUCUGCCUGGGGCGCUCGAAUUUUGCGGUGGACACGCAUGUCCAUCGGUUAACGGGGCUGAUCGGCUGGCGCCCGACCAACGCCAGCAGGGAGCAAACGUACGCCCACCUGGAUGCGAGGAUACCCGACGACGAAAAGUACCCUCUGCAUAUCCUUCUCAUUGCGCACGGCAAGAAGUGUCCUGAGUGCAAGGCGGGCGGGCGCGCUUCUGGUGAAUGUGAGCUCAGAAAAGCCUUUCGAAAGGGCCGUAAAGUGAAAGAGGAAGACUUCGUCAAAGAAAAAGAAGUAGAAGAGCCGAUAAAGGAUGAGAUGAAGGAGGAGCUAAAGGAGGAGGAUAUCAAAGAAGAACAGGAUGCCUAA